AUGAAUUAAUAUUUAUUUAAAGGAAUCCUAAAAGAUUUGAAAAGUAAUUUCUAGAUAAAUAUUUAAUGUGAAUAAAAAAAUGUUGAUUAAUCAAUUAUGAUUUUAUAAGAAAACACAAUUUACAUAAAUUUUUUAUAUUUAUCAAAUUUAUUCUUCAAAACUAGUCAUCCUGUAAUUUAAUAAAAUUUGGAUAAAAUUUUUAAUUGCUACUAAACAAGAUUUUGA